CUGUGUGUGUGCGGAUGUGAAACAACUGAGGUCGGGAUGAGACGUUCUGCAAGAAUACUCAAGAUAUAACAUGUUUUUUUUAAAUAUAUGUCUUAACUUAUAAGUAUGCAGUGACUAUAUCAUCUUAGGUUCCAUUUAAAUCGACUCUUUGCCCUCUGGUAGUUCCCAGCCGACGAUAUGGAGACUCUGAUUCCUGUCAUAAACCGGCUACAGGAGGUUUUCCUCACCGUCGGCGCUGAGAGCAUUCAACUGCCCCAGAUUGUGGUGGUUGGAUCCCAGAGCAGUGGAAAGAGCUCUGUGCUGGAGAGCCUGGUAGGGCGUGACUUUUUGCCCCGGGGGUCAGGCAUUGUCACACGGCGCCCCCUGGUGUUACAGCUGGUGCAUGUGCCCCCCCUUGAGGAGAGGGGGAAGCAGGAUAACGGAAACGGGCCAAAACAAAACUCCCAAAACGCCUAUCCAGGUAUCAAGGCAGAGGAGUGGGGAACCUUCCUUCACUGUAAAAACCAGAUAUUCACAGAUUUCUCAGAAAUUUGCAAGGAGAUAGAGUUGGAAACUGACCGUGGCACUGGAGAAAACAAGGGCAUCAGUCCAGAGCCCAUCUACCUGAAGAUCUAUUCCCCAAAUGUCCUCAACCUCACUCUUGUAGACCUGCCAGGAAUCACCAAGGUGCCGGUCGGUGAUCAGCCAGAGGACAUUGAGGCGCAGGUGCAGGAGAUGAUCAUCAGCUUCAUCUCCAACCCCAACUCCCUCAUCCUUUGCGUGUCGCCCGCCAACUCCGACCUCGCCACUUCAGAGGGGCUCAAGCUGGCUCGCGAGGUUGACCCAGACGGCCGCAGGACUCUGCUAGUGGUCAGUAAGCUGGACCUGAUGGAUGCUGGCACCGAUGCUUUGGAGGUGCUUCUGGGUCGAGUCAUUCCAGUGCGCCUGGGGAUUGUUGGUGUGGUGAACAGGAGCCAACACGACCUGAACACCAAGAAGAGCCUGGACGACUGUGCCAAGGACGAGCAGGCCUUCCUGCAACGCCACUACCCGUCGCUGGCAUCGCGCUGCGGCUCGCGCUACCUGGCGCGCACGCUCAGCCGCCUGCUCAUGCACCACAUCCGAGACUGCCUGCCAGAGCUGAAGACGCGCGUGACGGUGCUCAGUGCCCAGUACCAGACGCGGCUGAGCGGCUACGGGCAGCCCGUGGAGGACCACAGCGCCACGCUGCUGCAGAUCGUCACCAAGUUCGCCUCCGACUACUGCAACACCAUCGAGGGCACGGCGCGCUACAUCCAGACCUCCGAGCUCUGUGGGGGAGCCCGUAUCUGCUACAUCUUCCAUGAGACCUUUGGCCGCACACUGCAGUCCAUCGACCCCCUGGGUGGCCUGUCGGAACUUGAUAUCCUCACAGCCAUACGCAAUGCAACGGGGCCGCGUCCAGCGCUGUUUGUGCCGGAGGUGUCGUUUGAGCUGCUGGUGAAGAAACAGAUUAAGCGUCUGGAGGAGCCCAGCCUGCGCUGUGUGGAGCUGGUGCACGAGGAGAUGCAGAGGAUCAUCCAGCACUGCUCUUCCUUUAGCACGCAGGAGCUGCUGCGGUUUCCUAAGCUGCACGACUCGAUCGUGGAGGUUGUGACUGGCCUGCUGAGGAAGCGGCUGCCCGUCACUAAUGAAAUGGUUCACAACCUGGUGGCUAUCGAGCUGGCGUACAUCAACACUAAGCACCCUGACUUCACCGACGCGGCACAGGUGUCGGCAUCCGUCAACAGCCAGCAGACGGAGCCAAUGGAUGGGGGGAAGCGCUGGAAGAAUGAGAAGGAAGAGAAGGCCCCUUCCUCUGCCUUCAGCAGCCCCAGCAGAGCGGUCAACCUGCUGGACAACGCGGUGCCCAUCACACGUAAGCUAACCGCUCGAGAGCAGCGCGACUGCGAAGUCAUCCAGAGGCUGAUCAAGUGCUACUUCCUCAUCGUGCGCAAGAACAUCCAGGACAGCGUGCCGAAGACGGUCAUGCACUUUCUGGUGAACCAUGUGAAGGAGCGUCUGCAGAGCGAACUGGUGGGUCAGCUGUACAAGCUGCCGCUGCUGCAGAACCUGCUCAUCGAGUCUCAGGACACUGCCCAGCAGAGGACCGAGGUCGCGCAGAUGCUAGAGGCCCUCCAGAAAGCCAGCAACAUCAUCUCAGAGAUAAGAGAGACUCACCUGUGGUAGUCAAACAAACAGCCUGUCCUAGAGGAUGUGUUUACACAUGCAGAUGUGUGUGUGUGUGUGUGUGUGUGUGUGUGUGUGCGUUUGUGUGUACGGUGUGCUUGUGUAUAUGGAACGCGGUCAUCACUGGAUAUACAGCAGCCUUCGUUCAACCAGCAGCUGAGCAUAUCUAACCAUGGACCACUGGUCAGUGAAAUCAGGACCCUUUGAUGUUUUCACUUACAUUGAAAAUGAACUGGGACUAGUACGCCCACGCACACACACACACACACACACACACACACACACACACACACACACACACACACACAAAUAUUUAUUACACACACACACAUAUAUAUAUUACACACACACACAGACUCCAAUAAGCUGAGGCAAUGAGUGGGUGGUUUUGAAGGGUGGGGUGGGGACCAGAGAGGGAUUGAUUGAGCCGGCCAAGCCAAAGCCUCCCCGCUCCAUCAGCAACUCAGCAACGCUUCAGUUCUAGACCAAGGGUGCAUUUAACUCCUUCGACACGAAUAGAAAUGUUAACGUGAAAGUAAUGACGAAAGAGCGCAGGACACAAGGUAAUGUCACGCUUGGCCGCCUCCGUCCGAGCCCUGAUAUAACUCUCUCUGUCCACCACCGUGAGAUUCAGCACAUUCAGCCAGCCGCAACAGAACAAAAGUCUCGGAGAGUCCAUUAUCCGUGGUCUGGAUCAGCAUUAUUUCCUUUAUGUAACAGUCCGGUCAUUAGAUUGCACUUGUAAAUAUAAGACCUAACGUGGUGUCAAAUAUAUUGAUAAAAGUUAGUAAGGAGCGUUCGAAAGUCCUGAAGUUCUCACUUCAGUUCUGUGUGUGUGUGUGUGUGUGUGUGUGUGUGUGUGUGUGUGUGUGUGUGUGUGUGUGCGUGUGUGUGUGUGUGUGUGUGUGUGUCAGUGUCAGUCAUUGAUUACAUGUCUAUUUAUGGGAGCCUGGUUAAUAGAAUAUUGUACGCUAGCUGAGCGGUGUGCAGCUAUUUUGGUCUGGGCGCAUGUUCUGGAUGAAGGGAGCGUAAUGAGGGUAGUCAGUCAUCAUUAGUGCAUCUCAGCCUCGGGGACCUAACGGAGUUCAGGGGCGGGGGGGGGGGGGGAGGUGGUGUAGGUGUGUCGAGAUGACCAAAUGCAGCCAGAGGAUCUGACAGCAACGAGAGGAAUGCCACGCGUGCGUAGCUUAAUUGGUCCGUGGGAACUGGGAAAGGGCGCCAAAGAGACACAGUUGGCCACAGCCCACAGAAGAAUUCACUUUACACACGGCGGGUUGGUUUCGGAUUGAAACACAUGGGGGAAGUCUUCCUCUGCUGAAGCGCCCAUGUUUUGAUGACUUUAGCAACAGCAUAGGGGUUGUAGUGAUCUUAACAAAGAUGUUGUGUCUACAGAGGAUGUGCGUGUAAACGGGUUUACGUCUUUAGUUAAACGAGGUUGCGAUCCUGUUACAGAAACGCUUCUCACUCUUCAAGUGUGAAGUGAAACGUUUAGUGUAAGUCAUUCGCUUGGGGUCUGGUUUGAGACCUCACCUAGCUGCCAUAUAUAUAUCUAAAGACAAAGAGUUUUGUUUGUUUCCUUCUGCAUGUGGUGUAGUCUGUUGUUAACGUGUGAGAGGGCAGAACUUGCUUUCUGUGGUUUUGGGUUGCAGCUCAACUUGUUUAUUGUGAGGGCACCCUCGCUGGAGGCAUUAAGGGGAUUGGUAGUCUGGCACGGUGUCUGGAAGUCUGGGCCGGAGUUCUCCAUCGAGCAGGCCCCCAGACCUCGGAGACCAGAGGCAGGUCACUCUCUCCUCUCAGGGUUGCCCUUCUGCUCUGACCUAUCCAGCUCCUUGUCUUUCUUUUGUGUGUGUGUGUGUGUGUGUGUGUGUGUGUGUGUGUGAGAGAGAGAGAGAGAGGGCCAGAGAAAUAUUGGUUGUGCAUGUUUAGUGGUGCCAUGUCCUAUUUAAAUCUCUCAAUGUGAGGUUACAAUCUUGCCCUCAGCCUUGUCCUUCAUUCGUGAUCCCCAAUGUGUGUGUGUGCGUGCGUGCGUGCGUGCGUGCGUGCGUGCGUGCGUGUGUGCGUGUGCGCGCACAGAUGCUUGCCGACGCACUUGAUCCAGGGAGGCGACUCUCAUCCAGUAUAUAUCAUGCAUAUACUGCACUCUCUCCCCCCACCCCGAAACCUGUCCCAGGGAACUGUGUUUGUUGAUGUGUGGUGUUGCUGCCGACAUUCGUUCGUUUGUGAGAGGCUAUGGGGAAAUAAGACGGUGAAAACAAAAACAACAAGCACUGCCUCGUGCAGAGGGCAUAAAGAGGACAGUGUGCGAACAUCAUGGGACUGAAGUCUUUUUGAAAGUGUGUGUGUGUGUGCGUGUGCGUGUGCGUGUGCGUGUGCGUGUGUGUGUGCGUGUGCGUACAUGCGUGAGUGUGCACGUGUGCAUGUGUGUAUAUGUGCGUGUGUAAAUCUAUGUGUCUGUACAUGUGUGCUUGAGUAGAAGAGGGAAUGUGUAGUGUGUUUUGUAUUACUCUGAAUGAUAUUUUACAUAUACAGUUGCCUGAAAGUUCUUGCCUGCCAAUAUUGUUUUUUUCGUUCGUUUGUCAUACGUACAUGUCAGUGUCAUUCAUGUCUGCUGUAGAGAGAAAAUAAACAAGUCUAAUGUGAACAGCA